GGAACCGCUGAGGUGAAUGUGAGAAGAUGGUUCUAAAAGAGAUUCCAGCAGAUAACAUCACCCGUCCCCUGGGUCGUAAUGAGGUCAUUGGUCUACUCUUCCGCCUUACAAUAUUUGGAGCAGUUACCUACUUUACAAUUAAGUGGAUGGUUGAUGCUAUUGAUCCCACAAGAAAACAAAAAGUUGAGGCACAAAAACAGGCAGAAAAACUCAUGCGGCAGAUAGGUGUGCAGAACGUCAAGCUGUCUGAAUAUGAGAUGAGCAUUGCAGCACACCUAGUAGACCCGUUAACUAUGCAGAUUACAUGGAGUGAUAUUGCUGGCUUGGAUGAAGUGAUAACAGAACUGAAGGACACAGUCAUUCUUCCUAUCCAGAAGAGGCACCUGUUUGAGGGAUCCCGUUUGCUUCAGCCGCCCAAAGGUGUACUGCUCUAUGGACCGCCUGGCUGUGGUAAGACCCUUAUAGCCAAAGCCACUGCCAAAGAGGCCGGCUUUCGCUUCAUCAACCUCCAGCCCUCUACUCUCACUGACAAGUGGUACGGAGAGUCCCAGAAAUUAGCGGCUGCCGUCUUCUCACUCGCAGUCAAACUCCAGCCCUCCAUCAUCUUCAUAGAUGAGAUUGAUUCUUUCUUAAGAAGCCGCUCCAGCUCGGAUCACGAGGCCACGGCGAUGAUGAAGGCUCAGUUCAUGAGCUUAUGGGACGGCCUUGACACCGACUAUAACUGCCAGGUCAUUAUAAUGGGAGCCACCAACCGGCCUCAGGAUUUGGACUCUGCCAUACUUCGAAGGAUGCCCACAAGAUUUCAUAUAAAUCAACCUAACCUCAGGCAGCGGGAAGAAAUUCUGAAACUUAUUUUGGAAAAUGAAAAUGUGGAGUCCAGGGUGGAUUUAAAAGAAAUUGCAAAAGACACUGAAGGUUUCUCUGGAAGUGACCUGAGAGAGAUGUGUCGAGAUGCUGCCCUCCUCUGCGUGCGAGACUAUGUGCACAACACCCCUGAUGAUGCCAGCGGUGAGGAGGACUAUAUCCGUCCCAUCGACCAGCAAGACCUCCAGAAGGCCAUUCAGAAAAUGAAGAAGUCCAAAUCUGCGAGUGGUGUGGGUGUGUUAAUGCACGCAGCCCUGGACUGAUUCUAAUACAGACGACUCCUUGGUUACAGUGUCUUUGUUUUAUUUUGUUAUUUAAUUUUUUUUAUUUUAUUUUUUUUUUGGACUCAUAAUCUGUUAAGCCCAGACCAGAUCAAAACAGAGUUACUCAGAAGAGACUACUGAAUUUGCGUCAAAACUCUCUGAACACUGGACGUUAAGACAGCUGUUCAACACCGUGUGACCAGUAAAUGCUUUUAUUAAAUUACUAUUGGUCAACAUAUAAGAUGCAGUAAAAUGAACAACAGGAAGCCAACAUUUUUACCUCCUAUCAUUUGAUUGAUUCAGAUGUUUUGAUGCAAAACUUUAGUCGCCUGCAACAGAUCAACCAAAUUUGCCUUUCAAAGCAAUUAUUGAUCUGAACUGGGUUUCACAGCUGGCUUUGUGGGAUUCAUGUUCUGACGCAGUGAAACGGAUUCUGUGAGUUUCUUCUUGGUCCCUCAUAUACUGUACUUACUGUACUCUGCUAUACUAUUAUAUUUGAUACUGUUUUCCUAAGCCUCUAUUCUUUUAAGGUUGUCUUGAGGGAUCUGUUAAUUUAAAUAUGCUUGAAAGCACCAAGAAAUACACCAUAUCAGGGUUAGCAUAUUAUUUGUGCAUAUGUAGUAUAUUUACAUUACCCUUUCAGUUGUGUGGGACAUUAUAUUGGGUUGUAAAUACACUGUAAAAUAAAUCCAUUUCAGUUCUUUCAAAAAAAAAAAAAAAACGUUAAGUGAAUCAGUCAUAAGCUUGUUUUCAGACAGUGUGACUAAAGUGAAAUGUAUCACUUUUUCUCCUCUUUAAAAUGGAAAAAACAAACUGACUGAAAGUAUUUGAAAACGUUUACAGAUAUACUGCCUUUUUAGUUUGAUGGAGUUGUCAAAAAAUUCACCUCGGUGAAUUCCAGAAAAUGACAGUAGUGCAAUAUUUUCUGAACAUUUAUUUCCAAAAGCAGUAAGAGGUUAAUAUGCAGGAUCUCAUUUAAUAUGUGAUAUUGUUCCGUGUGAGGGAAGUUUCUUUUCAUGUUGUUAUGUCAGGAAUGCACAACUACUGUCAUUAAAGGCUCAGCUCCUGCUCUGUGUUUAUUCAUAAUGCUUUGUCGCUGUCUGGCCAAAGCAUGCUUGUACCUGUUUGUCAUGCAGAGGCAAGCCCGAUGUAAGGGAAAAGGUGAAACUUAAGAGAGCCAGCUUAAAAGGCAUUUGUGUUGGGCUUGUUUAGAUUUCGGGGGCCAAGUUUUCAGCUGCUGUAAAAUGCUUUGUGUGCCGAAUUGUCUCCUGUGAUGUUUAUUCUGGAGGGACACUUGAUCAUGGAGAUUUGAUCAUGUAAACAAAUUACGAACUUGUAGUGUGUUUUUAGAGUUUGUUUUUUCUUUUUUUUUUUUGGAAAAUGUACAAUAAAUAGAGUUAUGAAUUUGCCAACACA